UAGAACCCAGAAUAGGUGGUCGGUCUUGUCUUGUUGGCCCUUCCAAUUCCAAUAGUUGGAUGUCGGAAGCGGAAACAAGACACAGGAAAGGAGCGUGGAGCAAGGAUGAGGAUGAGAAGCUCAAGACAGCGGUGGACCAAUUGGGCGAUAAGAAUUGGGUGAGAAUCGAAAAGUUUUCUGGUUUGGCAAGGCCGGCCAAGAAUUGCAGGCUCAGAUGGAUUAACUAUUUGAGGCCCAAUUUGAAGAAAUACCCUUUCACCAAACAAGAGCAAGAUUUGAUUUUUCAGUUGCAUGCAACCUACGGCAACGCCUGGUCGCGCAUCGCAUCCCACCUGCCAGGGAGAUCAGACAACGAAAUAAAGAAUUUCUGGCAUAAGAGUGCUAAGAAACGCCAAAGAGAAGGGCUUCGAAUCUCUCCAAUAAAUAUAGAUUCAUCUCAAACCAUGAUUUCUACAUCACAAUCACAUUUCCAACUCAAACUACCUCCAUUUUCUUCUAUGCCUGCACCUUCACAAACCUGUUUACCCAUUCAAGAUUCAUACAGCACUGUCGAGAGCGACUUUUUUCCAACUCAACCAAUCACCCAGCUCCCUUCAAUCCAAUUUAAUCCAGUAGAAACAUUAGGCGAAAAUAGCUACAUGCAUCAAGUAAAAUCAGACAGCAAUCUGGAGAUAAUCAAUGAACUCAGAAAAGCUCGAGCACGGGUGAGGUUCCUCGAGAAAAAGUUAAGGCAAAGAGGAAUCUCAAACAAGAGAAACAAUUUCAAGCAAAGUUCAAGAAACGACCAUUUAUUCAUCAAGAGUCCACAAGGAGCUCAUCUGUUGACAACGCAUGUUCCUUUGGAUGAAAAUUCAAGCAGGAUGGAAGAGAUAACAGAAGAUAUUUCAAGGAGAAAAGAUGACAUCCAAGAUUCAACAGUUAUAAGUGCCACAAAUUUGCAAGAAACAGAGAGAUCAGUGAGUGAAGAAAGUCGACACUCAGAAAUGUCGACUCAUGGUGAAAAUUCAGACUCAAAAGCUUCCCUGCACAAGGGUUUUGAAAGAGAAGAAGAUUUAUUUGAUGAAAUCUGCAAUGUGAAAAACUCAGAAACCUUUCCGGAGCAAAGGCACCACAAUUAUCAUGUUAACAGCCAAUACAAUGUGAUUGCUCCAAACUGGAACUUGUGGAACGAAUGCUCUUCCAGUCUUUUGCAGGAGUUGGAGGAAGAUUUGUUCGGUGAAAGGUCUCAAAUAGACCAACCCUCAUCUCCAAAGAGACACAUGGAUGCAUUAGGUGCAGUCUACAGCCAAAGUAGUGCAACAACUCUAGAAGGAGAUGAGAGUGGCCAACACUUCAAAUGUAGCAUGGGACAAGAAUUUUCAGAUGGGCUGGAUAUAAGAUUUCCAGACAGUAAUCUUGGUCCAGAAUCAUUACCUGUGAACCAGAACACUGCAGUGGGUCUGGUAGAAUGUAGCUAUUUGGUGAGUCAGCCAGUGGCGGUACAUGAGUCUAUGGGACGCCAAGAUUUCUCUCUCCAAACCUCUGGUGAAAAUAUAUCGCCGACACAGCCCUGUCAAUCAAGCUUUAUAGAGCACCAAUAUCAUGAAGCUCAACAGUGCUCACUCGAUGAAUUCUAUGGAGGAAUGACAGAAAGCACAUCAGGAGAAGAAACCUGGAAACAAGAGUUGAUGGAGGAUUUAGUGAGGCUAUGACAUGAGAUGCACCAACGAACAAAGCUUUUGAUGAGCUCGAGCUCGAGUUUGAGUUGGAGUUCCCGCUGUCUCCAUGUGCCACUAAUUACAAUGGAAGACUGCAUCUGGAACUUCCAUUCACGACUUGCAUCAGAGUAGAUUAUAACAGCAAGAUCCAGAUAUGGCUUCAACCCAUAUCCAAAAUCUGAUGAUUUGCAGUUCACAGAUGAUCAGGAUACUUAAAAUAGGUGAUUGUACUGUCGGUCAAAGUCUUGGUGAUGGAGAAUCUGUUGUGACAUUAUCAGAAGGCAUUCUUAUACGUGAUGCAACAAAUCCUAUUGCAGCUAUAGUGGAAAACACAUAUCAUGCAUUUGACCUAUAAAUGUUUAAGAAUAAAGCUAUCUUGGCUCCCACCAAUGAGAUGGUUGAUACGAUAAAUGAUGACGUCAUGUCUUUAAUGUCUAUCGAAGAAAGGGUUUGCCUAAGUUAAAACAGCAUUCGCAAAGAAGAUGGACAAGUGGACCUCGAUGAACAGAUAUUCUCUGAUGAAUAUCUAAACACGAUCAAGUGUUCA